AUUCUUCCCGAACUUCCUUUUCCCUUGCGUGUGCUCGUAGUUCACGUGCAGUACUUACUACAUCAGCUAAAAAAAUGGAUCCAGUGUCCUUUGCUAAGGAUUUUAUUGCUGGUGGAGUAGCUGCUGCUAUUUCCAAGACUGCCGUAGCACCAAUUGAACGUGUUAAGUUAUUAUUACAAGUCCAACAUGCUUCAAAACAAAUCUCCGUCGACAAACAGUACAAAGGAAUGGUGGAUGCCUUCGUCCGAAUCCCAAGGGAGCAAGGUUUCCUGAGUUACUGGAGGGGUAACUUGGCCAAUGUGAUCCGAUACUUCCCAACGCAGGCUCUCAAUUUUGCCUUCAAGGAUAAAUACAAGCAAGUGUUCCUUGGUGGUGUUGACAAAAAAACCCAGUUCUGGAGGUACUUCUUGGGUAACUUGGCUUCUGGUGGUGCAGCAGGAGCAACCUCCCUCUGCUUUGUCUAUCCUCUGGACUUUGCCAGGACCAGGCUGGCCGCCGACAUCGGCAAGGCCGGCGCCGAGCGCGAGUUCUCCGGCCUGGGCAACUGCCUGGGCAAGAUCUUCAAGUCGGACGGCCUGGCCGGCCUCUACCGGGGCUUCAACGUCUCCGUCCAGGGCAUCAUCAUCUACCGGGCCGCCUACUUCGGCUUCUUCGACACCGCCAAGGGCAUGCUGCCCGACCCCAAGAACACGCCCAUAGUCAUCUCGUGGGCCAUCGCCCAGACCGUGACCACGGUCGCCGGAAUCAUCUCCUACCCCUUCGACACCGUCCGUAGGAGAAUGAUGAUGCAGAGCGGGCGGGCCAAGGCCGACCUCAUGUACAAGGGCACCAUCGACUGCUGGUCCAAGAUCGCCAAGACCGAGGGCGGCGCUGCCUUCUUCAAGGGCGCCUUCUCCAACGUGCUGCGGGGGACGGGCGGCGCCUUCGUGCUCGUCCUCUACGACGAGAUCAAGAACUUUAUCUUCUGAGAAGAGUGUCGUAGCGUGUGUUUUCAUGGAGGUUUAACUUAUAUAUCGUUGUUAUUCCAUCGACUGCAUUCCUGCCACGGGGGACCAAUUUUUUUUUUUUUCCAUUGCUUUUGAAUAAACGAGAUAUUUUUCCGUA